AGUGUUGCCGACCGGCGUCAAGGAGACUAGGGUGCCAUCCUCUUCCUCUCACCGUCGCCGCGGCGGAGCGGAGCCAAGCUGAUCUGAUAGAGGAGCGAGGUUACCGGACGGGCUGGGUCUAUGGUCGCUCCGCGGGCCGCUCCGCCGGCUGGUGCUUUUUUAUCAGGGCAAGCUGUGUCCCAUGGCAGGGAACUUUUGGCAGAGCUCCCACUAUUUGCAAUGGAUUUUGGAUAAACAAGAUCUGUUGAAGGAGCGCCAAAAGGACUUAAAGUUUCUCUCAGAAGAAGAGUAUUGGAAAUUACAAAUAUUUUUUACAAAUGUCAUCCAAGCAUUAGGUGAACAUCUUAAAUUAAGACAACAAGUUAUUGCCACUGCUACGGUCUAUUUCAAGAGAUUCUAUGCCAGGUAUUCUCUGAAAAGUAUAGAUCCUGUAUUAAUGGCUCCAACAUGUGUGUUUUUGGCAUCCAAAGUAGAGGAAUUUGGAGUAGUCUCAAAUACAAGAUUGAUUUCUGCUGCUACUUCUGUAUUAAAAACUAGAUUUUCAUAUGCCUUUCCAAAGGAAUUUCCUUAUAGGAUGAAUCAUAUAUUAGAAUGUGAAUUUUAUCUUUUAGAACUAAUGGAUUGUUGCUUGAUAGUGUAUCAUCCUUAUAGACCUUUGCUCCAGUAUGUGCAGGACAUGGGCCAAGAAGACAUGUUGCUUCCCCUUGCAUGGAGGAUAGUGAAUGAUACCUACAGAACGGAUCUUUGCCUACUGUAUCCUCCUUUCAUGAUAGCUUUAGCUUGCUUACAUGUAGCCUGUGUUGUACAGCAGAAAGAUGCCAGACAGUGGUUUGCUGAGCUUUCUGUGGAUAUGGAGAAGAUUUUGGAAAUAAUCAGGGUUAUUUUAAAAUUAUAUGAGCAGUGGAAGAAUUUUGAUGAAAGAAAAGAGAUGGCAACUAUUCUUAGUAAGAUGCCGAAACCAAAACCACCUCCAAACAGAAAUUCCCUGAGUGAUUCUCCACUAGUGGCAGGGCCUGAAGCUGCAAGAUGAUGGUGGACAAGAUAAGGCAAUGAUCCUAUUGCCACGAUUACUGUGAAGGAGAGCAGGGUCCAAAUGGAAGUCAGAAUUCUAGCUACAGCCAAUCUUAAAACAUUCCGAAGAAUUCCAUAGCGGACCACUUGGAAGUAAACCAUUGGACAGAUUUCAGUAAUGUCUUCAAUGGAACACAAAUGAAAAUGAAUAGCUUGUUUCUGUCAAGCAUAUUGGGAAGUGAUUUUAUUUUUGCAAAAUAAGUUUUUCCUUACCUAGUUUGAUUCUAGUACAUAAUUGAUUAAAAUCUCUUGAUUAUAAAAGUUUGAAAAGGUUCUAAGGGGACCUACAGACAGACAUACAUGGACAUUUCAAAAUUAAUAACUUUUGAUUAGUAUAUUUCUUAAUUUGGAUAAUAGAAAUUAUAACUUUUUAUUAAGCCAGGAAACAUGAAGCACCAUUUGUUAAAAUUCUCUUUGGUCAUUGAGGGACCAAAAAAGGACAGAAAAAGUCAAUAUAUGAGGGGUUUAUUUACCUCUAUAAGUUUAACUUUAAAACUGUAUUUAAGGAAUCAAGUCUUACAAAAUCCUAUAAGAUUUUGGUAAUGAUGUUGAUAAUUUCAGGGAAAUUAAUCAAGUACCUAUUGAUUUAAAAGUGUAUUUUAUUCAAUACUUUUGGUAUCUUGCCAUGGAAGAUACUAGCCCAGACUAGCAGAAAAGUGCAAUAUGUAUAGCAUACUUUGACAUUUUAAAAGUUAUAUUAAUUUUGUAAUUUGAAAUGCUGGGCAAACUUUAAAAAAAAAUCCUACGUGAAGUUAUUUGCAAUUAAUAUACAGUUAAUCAGGCAUUUUGAAAGCUUAAUUGGAUAAAACCACCAUAAUAAAAUUGAAAUUUGUAACAUUUUAAUAUUAAUUUUUAUUCUACUGUGAAAAAGGUUUUUAUAAGAUAUACACACCCUAGUUUAAUUUUGUGUCAUAGUGUGGAUUUGCAAAUUUCUAAUUUAUCCUGAGCCAGGAACACAAUCAGGUUUCAGGCCAGUUGAUACUGGCUGUUCUUAAUUCUCAUGUAAGUAUAGGACUUCAGACUAAAUGUUAUGUCAGUGGGACUGUGCUGUCUGUGGAACUUAAAAAAUUAAUCAUUUUCUUCAGACUUGAAGGAGGGUGACAAAUAAAAUUUGGAGUCAUAGGAUAUUGAUGUAUAAUUUAAGGAUUAAAAUUUUUUUAUAAAUCAAUUGUGAACAAUGGGUUAUUAAAUUAAAUGUUGACUUCCUAGUAUAAAACUGCAAGAAUAAAAGUAAGUUCUCCAGCUAUACUGA